UUCUGUAGCUGUAGUUAUAUACAGCAUGUUGACCAUCUGACCAUCUGCAGUGCGAAAGCCUGUCUUCAGCAGCGUUUGGAUGUGGUGGGAUAAUCCGGUUUUACAGAUUAGCCACACAAGGCGAGCAAGUUGAGUGAGGUGGAGUAAGGCAUUCUCUCCAUCCAGACUCCUGGAUAGCUUGGAAUCCCAGCGAAUCCCACACUGCUUCUGAUGUUAGUUUAGUACUUCCCUCUUAGUUAUAAAUACUUGUUUUGUUUCCCUGACUUUCAGGUUAGCUUAAUUUUUAGAUUUUUUAACGUUUUGUGAGUUUUUUUGGGGGUAAUUCCUUCUCCAUGAAGAGCCUGAACUUUAAUCCCACUUCUAAAGACAUCAGAGCACCUCUUCUUAAUCUUGCUUGGAUUCUCCUGAUGUUCUGAGCUGGAAAGUGAUCUCUGAGGCUCGUUUUAGUAAAGAAGUGCAACAUGAUUGCAUAUGUGGAUUGCAUCCCAAUGGAACCAGCAGGGAAAUGCUGGAACAGGACUUACUAUGAAGACAAGGAUGAACUACUUCCUCUCUAUACACGCAAGCUGAGCAACCUUCCCAUUAAGACUGAGGGCAGCCUCCGGCGCAGACUCCUGACCUCCAAGAUCCACCAGCAGCAGGAUGCUCUUUGGCGUCCGAAAUGCUGGGAUGGUCCUCCUUCUCCUAAGAUCAUCCCACCACAACAACCAGCACAGAAGAGGCCUGGGUACACCUUCACCAGGCCUGUUCACCAGGACUGGAGAGCGGUGUCCAGCCUUGACGAGGAGAGCAAGUGGUCGGUACACUACACAGCGCCCUGGCACCAGCAGGAGAAUGUGUUUCUACCAGGGAGCCGACCCCCCUGUGUGGAGGAGCUGCACCUCCAGGCCAAGGUCAACCUCAAAACCGUCCUCAGAGAGUGUGAUAAGCUGAGGAAAGAUGGUUUCCGUAGCUCUCAGUACUACUCUCAGGGGCCAGCAUUCUCCUCGCCCAUCCUGGAGCUGGACCAAGACGAGACAGAGAAGAAGAAAAAGUCUAGAGUCCUAGACUGUUUGUCAGAAUCCUGCCUCUCUCUCUGCUGUCAUUUGAAACCUUGGAGGAAAAAGUCUUCAGACUCGUCAGCCGAAGAGGAGAAACUCGUGUACUCGGUGGGCCCUCAGACGCCAUUACUGGAAAACAGCGGUGACAUAAACUCCCAGAGCUGCUGGAGUAAGAGUCAACCCUUACCAACGCCUGAAGAGAAAAUGAGGCAGCAGGCCAAGUCUGUGGCCACCGACAUCAUACCCAUCAACAUCACAGGUGAGAGUUUUGACCGGCAGGCGAGCUUUCGUCGCACUUUAAGCAACACUGACACAGUAAUACGGAGAUCAAAGAAGGUCAAACGAAGAAAGACUAUAACAGGAGUUCCAGACGACGUCCAAAGUGAAUUAGCAGCUAAAGGACAAAAUGACAUCAGAACUCACUCCGUCUACAUGGGAGGCCAGUUCUCCACCAUUGGGCAUGAAGGAAGUGCCAACUCCACUCUGAAACACUCUGGUUGCCAGACAGAAGAAGUCAAAACUGUACCCCCCUCAAUGCGCAGGAUCCGAGCACAGCGCGGUUGUGGCAUCGCCGCUCAAAUGGCCAAUAUCUCCAUCUGCACCGCGGGCAGCACCUCCUGCAUGAGUGAUUGCAGUGGAGCAGUCUACAGUCCUCUGCGGAACGGCAGCGAUCAGGGCUUUCACAGUCUGCCUCGCCAAGGUGCUCAAAUCUCCCUUCAAAGGCAUGAGGCCAGGUACACCAGUACCCCCUCAAAGGUGGUAAAUGGCUCCACAAACUCCUUGCCCUACCAGGGUACCUACCAGGUGCAGCCUGCAAGCCCAUCUUCAUGGCACAUGUUUAGUGAUUCCAGUAAUAAUGAAUUAAUGAGCCCGAAGGCUGCAGAAUUCCAGGGUUUCCCGAAUGGACAGUACAGUGCAACCCCAGGUUAUAUGGUUACCAGUCACAAUAACAGCCCAGCCCCUUUCAAUCCCAAUGGUGCUAUGCAGAAUUUCAGUGACCUUAGCUCUGUCCACUCAGCACAAAGCUUUGACACGGUAGAGACACUACAAUCUGUGCCAUCUGGUCCCUCAGACCACCCCUUCAGCACUGCCGGUACCAUUUCUGCUGGCUCCUCUCGCUGCCAGUCUCCCGCCUCCCUGCACACAACCACCCAUACAGAAACUGAGUCCCAGUGCAGCACCCUUAAUGGAAGCAACUGCAACAGUCCCGGAGGUGUACGCAGAGACUCCAACUUCUCCGAAAGCAGCACUCAAAGCUGCAGUACUCUUACCAUCGACCAAUGGACAUAUGAAAGACCUCCAAAGAGCCAACAUACCUCAAGCUGUAGCUCUCCUGUCAGCCAUGUCUAUAACAGUAUGGGACGUUCCCCAACCAAGACAGACUCCAGCUCUUUGUUUUCCAUUGAUACCGAGGGGUAUUACACCUCUAUGCACAUGGACUCGGGUAUAAAAUCACAUAGUCACGGUGCCAUUAACAGAGCAGGCAAUUCAAGACACAAUAUGUACGACUGCAGGGACCACCACAGUCAAGGUGACAGUGUAAGCCUUCACAGCAACCGAUCCCUGACUCGUAGCAUUUCCCUGCGAAAAGCUAAGAAACCUCCACUCCCUCCAAAAAGGACAGACUCUUUGCGGCGCAAGCCUCACCGAAAGCCCCACCAGAGUGAGACAGUCCUUAACGAGAAAAUGAUCACCAAUCUCCAGGAGUCCCUGAAGAACAACACCACAUCACCCUCAGGCCAAAGCCCUUGUGAAGGGUUUGAGGAUCCUUGGGUUUUGCGCCCCAGGAGCCAGAGCACGGUGAGUGCAGCAAGCAGUGGCAUGUCAGCACCAGCGACUGUGUGUCCAGUCACACCUACAUACAGUGACAGCAGCAGUCAGCGCUCAGAAUAUGCUGAAUCGUGGGACUUUUACAUGGAUUUCCCUCGUUCGCACUCUGAUCAAGGUCCAUCCUCCCCAAAUGCAAGGUCUGUGACCACUGGAGAGAACGCAAGAGGCUUUACCAAUGGAUUUCCUUCAGAUAACUGCAACAGAACGAAGCUAAAGCUAAAUAUAGUAACAUCACCAGACAAGGUCAAUCAUGUGACUUCACCAUCCAGUGGAUAUUCAAGUCAGUCAAUUACCCCAACUACAGGAACCCCAGUAACAUAUGUUCUGAGAGCCAAGUCUCCAGCAGGAAGGCCUAAACCGAAAGUCCCAGAGAGGAAGUCCUCCCUACGGUCCUCAGUUUCUUCUUCAACUACAUCCCUGUCUUCAAACACCUCAGAUUCCUACAAGAACCUUCCGACUCCUCCUCCCUUACCUUCAACCUUGCCUGGUCUUGCCACUCGUCAGUGUGCUCAAACUGUUUCAAGCUGCCCUAUGUCCAACUCUGUCAAUGCUGCAUCAAGUAUUUCCUUAACUUCCCCAUCACCUCCUCCUUCUCCUCUGGCUAUAAAUUGCACCCUUGAGAACAAGCAAAGCUUUCCCCCACUGUCGCCCACAUCAACAGAGCAAUAUAGCAGAGAAUCCAAUAGUGUUUCACCUAGUUUUCCUCCACCUCCUUCUGAGAGCUCAAAUUCUCUAAUAGAAGAAGAAGAUGACGAUGCAGAGAGCCCUCCAUCAUCACCACCACCACUUCCACCUCCUCCACCUCCUCCUCCUCUUUCUCGCAUAUUGCCCUCUUAUGACCAUACGCCACCUUCUCCACCACCAUUACCUGGGAUGGGGCUUCAUUCAGAAACAAUUUUAAAAACAGUGAAUUCCCUUACAGCCGUGGAAUCCAAGGAAAGUGCAGUGGAACCCAACUUUAAACAACCAGAAGUAAGAAGGAGACUGCAAAAACCACGAAUCACUGCCCAAGCUCUUCAGUUAGUGCAGCUCAAACCUAUAAAGCUCAUGAAGUUGGAAAAUAUUUUCACAGAUAUUAUUACACCAACAGUACGCACUUCACAGGACCAAGCACCAUUGCCGGAUUUUGAGCCUUGCUCAGAUAAACCUGCUGAAAUUGAGAAUCUGGAAGGUACCACAACUCCUGAUUCUGCCAGUCCAUUCGAAAGUGAAAUUGACACCCCUGAGACUCCAGAGAAAGAGUUCACACAUUACAUGCUACACUCACAGGCACAGUCUGCUCCCGCUAAACCAGUAUGCAGAACUUACUCUGUUGAGUUUCUGCUUGAUGCUGAAUCUGUCAGUGCACCUGUCAACCUUCAACAGUCGUCAGCUCCUCCCAUGACAUCUCAGAGCCUUCUCCAGAAGCAGAAGCCUCCCGUAUCACCCAAAAAGCCAGGUCUUGCCCUGAUUAUGCCACCUACUUUACAAAAACCCAUUUUCAAUAGUGUUGAGGAUGUUGAGGUAAAUGGUCCAGAUGCUGUGGUACCUCCAUCAGAACCAGAGGCACUAAACAGCGCACCCUUAAAGGAAUUGGAUAACCUGCAGACAAUUUCUUCACAACUGGAAGCAGAAGCUGAGAGUGAAUCUGGCAAUUCUACUCCUGUGGGCUCAAGAAGAAUCUCUCUCAGCAGUGAGUUCUCCUCAGACAGUCUGAAUGACCCUCAGUUUACUGCCUUCAUUUUCACUGACCAGGACCUCGGUUUGAGCGAUGCUGACCUCGGACUAAGUGAUAAGGACCUUGGACUAAGCGAUGAUAAAGGGAUUUCAGACGAUGGUUCAAGCAGCAGCUCAGGAUCCAUCAGUUUUAAAGAGGAUGAGAAUGAAGACAAUGGUGCAGAGUUUGACUCCAGCACAGAUAUCUCCUCUACAACUUCCAGUCCCAACGAAGAAACUGUGGAGGAGAUGGUGACGCCUGCUCGUCCACGUACUACAGAGGACCUCUUUGCAGCUAUUCACAGGUCAAAGAGGAAAGUUUUGGGCCGUGGCGAUUCUGAAGAAGAGCGCUCCCGCAUCUUUCCCCCUUCCCCACCAGUCACCCCUACCGGUUUGUGCCCCAGCCUGCCCUCUCUGUCACGCCAGAGCGGCUUCAUUCAGCGCAACCUGCGCCGCUCCGCCACCAGCAACGACAGCUUUAAAGCCCUGCUUCUGAAGAAGGGCAGCCGCACCGAUCCAGGCUUCCGCAUGUCUGCCACAGAGAUACUAAAAUGCACCGACCCGCGUCUCCAGAGGGCAGGCAUGGAGCCCUCGGAUCUUGACGACCCUUGCACCUCCCCGGGCCGUAGCAGGAGGGCGGCUGAGGAGUGGGCGCGGGCCGAAGGCGCCUUGCCUCGACUCUCGCCCAGCAUGAUGUCCUCCAAGUAUGGCCGCUCGAGCACACCGCCCUCUGCCGCCAGCAGCCGGUAUAACAGUCGCAGUCGCAUCCUCUGUGGACCAAUGACUGCGAUCUGUGAGAAAGAAGGGGAACUGGCAGAGUCGGUGGACUGCUGCCUCACUGCAGAGAUUCCCUUCCCGAUGUCUCUGACCUCCAGCGGCACAGUGUGCGCCCAAGGCAGCACUUAGAGGAGAGACGCACGCUCUCCUCGCCUGGAGAGUUUUUCACACUUCAACAGCCAAAGAAAAAUGGCUGCCUUGCUGCUCGACUUCAGCAACAUCAAAAAAAAGAGAGAGACCCUUGAGCAAAAAAAAAAAAGUCUUGCUCGAUGUAAAAGCUUGUGCUGGCCCAGAAGUGACACGAGAGAGAUGCAGGAAGGUGGAGGUGGACUGGAACACCUUAAAUAAUAUAAUAACCACCAUAAUAAUUGUUUUCUUCAUAGGAGAAGAUUUAGCCUAAGUCUAAAUCUUCCAGAAGAUUAACCAUUUUUCGUCAUUCGUCAGUUCUUUCUUUCUCUUUUUGCAGGAUAGGAAAUGCAGAAUAAGUGUAGUUUUCAUUUUGCCGUGCGAAGGACUUUGAAGUAGGAACAUGAAUGAGGGUUUGUUGAGAUGGAUGGAUGAUUUGUGCCUCCUUGUCAAAGUAAAGAUAGCACUUACUGACUAACAACUGACUAUACAAGACCAAGCAAUCCAGCACAAUCAUGCAUGAACUUGGGGUCAAGGAGAGAAUACAGCCCAGCCAACAUGCUCUUAUGGGUGGAACGUAGGCUAGGUGGGUUCCAAGUGUGUAUUAGACCCAAGUUUAAGCCCUCCUAGUCUUAUCAGUGAAUUUUAUGGGCAUCCAUAUGCGGGGCCAACGCAAAACCUGUGGACGAAACCUUCUGGUAUCCUGUCUACCCAUAAAGGUCCUUCACGAGCAUGUUAUAUAGUGAUUAUGGUCUAGAAUUGCAACAGGAUGUGUGUUGAAAUGGGCGAUGUACUGAACUGUACUGGAAGUGUAAUGUGAAGUUGCUGAGGAAUGUAUGCGGAGACGUUGAAACAGAAGUGAUGGAGUAAAGUGGAACUUUAUUGGAGGUAAUUUAGAGAGACUGUAGUUUUGCACUAACUUUCUAAUGCUAAUUUCAGUUGUACUGUGUCCAACAAUCGUAACUUAGAGGACUACGUAUUGUUACACCUCUGACCAUCAUGAGAUUGAAGUGUUUUUUUAGUAGCAGACUGUUAACAAAAAAAAUACUUUAAAUACUUUUUUUAUACCAAAGAAGGCAUGGAAUGAUAUCCCUUAUAUAACAACACAAUCUUCUACUUUACCAAUGUAAAGGUAUUAAAUACUAUAUAUUCCAUAGUCAGUGCAUAUUCAGUUUCUAUUCUAUGCUUUUGUUAAAUAAAAAUAUAAAUAUAUAAAAUAUAAAUAUACAUAUAUAUGCCCCCUUAUCCCUGUGACUGUUCCUCGGUCAGAGUUUAUACAAGUGAUGUUUCUUUGGAGGUACUGUAUAGCCUAUUAUGACCUAAUACAAGGAGCACUUGAAUAUUCUUGCUAAGUUACUGUAUUUUCAGUAAGUAGUGUGGGAGUAGAGAAGUGAAGACUGCUGACAAUAAGACCCUGCAAUCUCAGCAAUAAAAUGAGCUUUUAAUCAU